UGUACAUCCCAGCCUUCGCCUGUCACAGCGCAGACCCCAUCCUGUAAAGGAGAGCCUAAGGAGCCAAUGUGCUCCUAGAAACUUUAGUGUCUGCAUGUGUGUGUGCCAGAGAGCUGGGAGAGAGGGAGACCAAGCACAAAGCAGAGUACGGGAGGAAGGCAGGAAGGCAGGGGAGACAAGGGAGCUUGCUUCGUGCACUGCUGAAGACUGUCAGAAGCUGAUCGUAUAAGCAGUGCACUGGCUGGAGUGCAAUUUAAGGGUCAACGUUCGUUGACUUUAUUCAUUGAAUUGCUGAAGGACAGAUAUGAUAUCCGACAGCUGCUUCUAUAUGUUCUUGCUUAUUGGUACCAAGGCUAUUUGUGACUCUUUGGAAGAUCAUGUUUCUGGAAUUGGGGUCGGGUGCCCCCUGGGCUACUUUCCGUGUGGCAAUAUCACAAAGUGUUUACCCCAACAACUUCACUGUAAUGGUGAGGAUGACUGUGGGAAUUGGGCUGACGAAGACAACUGUGAAGACAACAAUGGAUGGUCUCUGCAAUUCGAUAAACAUACGAAGGACAAAUACAAUAAACUGAAAUCUCUGUAUGCAUUUCAGACAAAGACACUUGAGUGCUUGGCUGGUGCUGUGCCAGCAGAGUGUACCUGUCAAGGGCUGGAGAUCUUCUGUGAUGCUGCCAAAUUGCGUGCUGUCCCAUCCGUCUCUUCAAACAUAACCAUAAUGUCGCUUCAGAGGAAUCUGCUAAGGAAACUUUCUGCUGACAUUUUCAAGAAAUACCAAGACCUUAAAAACCUGUAUCUUCAGAAUAAUAAAAUCAGAUCUGUAUCUGAACGUGCUUUCAAAGGCUUAUACAACCUGACAAAGCUAUACCUAAGUAACAACAAGAUAACCAGUUUGAAGCCUGGCGUCUUUGAAGAUCUCCACAGACUUGAAUGGCUGAUAAUUGAAAAUAAUAGGAUACAUCGGAUCUCUCCAUUAACAUUUUAUGGACUCAAGUCACUCAUUCUCCUAGAGAUGAUGAAUAAUUCUCUUGCUCGUUUGCCUGAUAAACCUCUGUGCCAAUACAUGCCAAGACUAAACUGGCUAGACUUUGAAGGCAACCAUAUCCAUCAUGUAGGAAACUUCACUUUCAUCUCUUGCAACACCCUAACUGUACUGGUGAUAAGACAAAAUAAAAUCAGCUCUUUAAAUGAAAACAGCUUUUCUUCUCUCCAGAUGUUAGAUGAACUAGAUUUGUCUAGCAACAAGAUUGAAUCCCUUCCUGCGUAUAUAUUUAAGGACCUAAAGGAGCUUUCCCAACUGAACCUUUCUUACAACCCCAUCAAGAAAAUACAAAUAGACCAGUUUGAUUUUAUAACUAAACUCAAAUCCCUCAGCUUGGAGGGCAUUGAAAUUGCAAACAUCCAGAGAAGAAUGUUCAGACCUCUGAGAAACCUUUCCCACAUAUAUUUUAAGAAAUUCCAGUACUGUGGAUAUGCCCCCCAUGUGCGCAGCUGUAAGCCCAAUACUGAUGGGAUUUCAUCUCUUGAGAAUCUUUUAGCAAGCAUCAUACAAAGGGUUUUUGUCUGGGUUGUAUCUGCCAUCACCUGCUUUGGAAAUAUUUUUGUUAUCUGCAUGAGGCCUUACAUCAGAUCAGAGAAUAAGCUUCACGCCAUCUCAAUAAUGUCUCUCUGCUGUGCUGACUGUCUGAUGGGAAUAUAUUUAUUUGUGAUUGGAGCUUUUGAUCUUAAGUAUCGUGGAGAAUACAACAAGCACGCUCAGUUGUGGAUGGACAGUAUUCAUUGUCAAUUGGUGGGAUCGCUGGCUAUUGUGUCUACAGAGGUGUCAGUCUUACUGUUGACUUACCUGACUUUGGAAAAAUACAUCUGCAUAGUUUAUCCUUUUAGGUGUUUGAAGCCCAGAAAACGCAGGACAAUUUCCAUUUUGGUUCUUAUCUGGAUAAUUGGGUUUGCUGUUGCGUUUAUCCCACUGAGCAAUAAAGAAUUUUUCAGGAACUACUAUGGCACCAACGGCGUCUGUUUUCCUCUUCACUCAGAACAAUCAGAAAGUUCAGGAAGUCAGAUUUAUUCUGUUGUCAUUUUUUUAGGUGUAAACUUGGCAGCUUUUAUCAUCAUUGUGUUUUCCUAUGGGAGUAUGUUCUACAGUGUUCACCAAACAGCUAUUACGGCUACUGAAAUUAGGAAUCAUAUUAAAAAAGAGAUGAUCCUUGCUAAACGUUUUUUCUUCAUCGUAUUUACUGAUGCACUAUGUUGGAUACCCAUUUUUAUUUUGAAACUCCUCUCUUUACUUCAAGUAGAAAUACCAGUACAUGGCAGAAAAAAGAGCUUCUUUAUGUAGGGCUUGUAAACCCUCUUGGAAAGAACAUGUGGACAUGAACAGUUCCAUCAGCAAUAGUGGAUUCAGACUCAACGUCACAAUAGAACAUUGGCGAGAAAACAUUUUAGCUCAGAGACUUUGAUAUGCUGACCAGGAGUGUUGGGAGUCACCUUUUCAAAGUUUUUAUUUAUGUUUCAAAUAUCUGGAAGUUAUGCUGAUUAUAUCAAAUAAUUUAAGCUAUUUUAAAUUUUCUAUAAUGCUUCUUGCUGAAGUCAUCAAACUACAUAAGAAAUCUUAAACAAAAUACUGUGAAAAGUAGAAGCAGAUGUACUCUGAGUCAAGAAAACUUGAAGGAAUCUUGCUGAACCGCAGAGUCAUCUUGAGUUCAGCAAAUGAAUGUUCUGCAUUAGAUAAACCAGAUCAAACAGUAAUUACUCUUUUCAUAAAAUUAAAGACAUUGCAAAGAGUUGUCAAAGUUUACAGAAGUUUUAAACCCCAUUUGAGAGUAUUUCUGUUUCUUUGGGGAUACACUGUGACAGCUUCUGAACUACUGCUUGUUUCCAAAACUGCAGAAUACCGUUACAGGCAUCAAUAGGAAUGUAUUGAUAUCGCAACAAAGUCGUAAACCCCGAGGUGGGGGAAGGGAGAGCAAAUAAAGCUUUCUGUACUGCUUGGAACCGUUUAUAAUUGUUUUAUAAAUAAAACAGCGCAAUGGAGUGCACCCACUAACAUCUUUCAGCACUUUAAUCCUGUCCCUUCACCUGCCCCUCAGGUAACAGAUAAAUUAUCUCCCAAACAGUAAAAGUGAGAAAGGGAUGCUGUAAAAACGCACACAGAUUACUAUCUCGACAGGAGAGCAGGAAGUCUUCAGAAAGGAAGAUGGUGUGAACAUGGAAACUCUUACCUCACAGGGCAAGAAGGAGAUAAUGAGAAUGUGUACAAUAUCUUUUGUUGAGGGAAGAAU